AUGGAAUCGCUUGAAGGAAAGACGGUGCAGGAAGUGAUACAAGGGGCAAACUGCCUGUUUGAUCUGGGAGACUCCAAAGUGAUGGUGGAUCCUGGGUUAGAGGAGUGGGAUGGUCAAGGGAUCCCUGGGUGGACACCGCAAUGUACAGAUGAAGUAUACGUCGCCCAGGUGUUCCAACACAAUGGCAAAAUGGUAACACUGAGUAUGGACACGAAGGUCAAGCAAAUGCAUUACUACAAGCAUAUAGGUAAUCAAGCUUUCAAUAGGGGAGAUUACGCUACUGCUAUACAAAACUACACUCGAGGACUUCUCGCCGGAAACGGAACGCCUGACAAUAAACAAGAUAUGGCUGCUCUACUCUCAAAUCGAUCAAAUUGCUGUAUGCGAUUGGGACGUCCAGAAGAAGCACUAGAAGAUGCUGAACAUUCCUUACGAUAUGGUCCAAUGUGGUGGAAGGGACAUUGGCGAAUUGCGUCAGCAUAUAAAGUUUUGCAUAAAUUUCAAGAAGCAGCUAGUGCCUUUGGAUACGGAUUACAGUGCGUGGGAGACAAUGAUUCAAACGCUGAGGCAACAAGAGUCAAAUUCCUGGUUGAAAUUGUUCAACUACUACAAUAUCCCAAAUCACAAGAAAUGGCUCACGAGCAAUUGAUAAACGCUAGCGUGGAUAAACAAGUUUGGACCAAAUUGGUGCUGGAAUUUUCAGAAAACUCGGACUGGCUUGCAGUGUAUCACCUUAUGCUUGGCGGAAAUAAAACAGAAAAGCCUGGGUUCGCUGGUGUGGCUACAAACAAUUGUGAUACUCAAGAUGUUGUACUAAGCAAUAGUUUGAGUCGAAAUGCAAGUCUUGGUGACAAGCGUGUGAUUUUGAUGGUUGUCUUGAUACAACAUGGGGCAGAUCCAACCCGUGUGAGAACGCUGCAUGGUAACACUCCACUGCAUGACGGCAUGGAAUAUUGCUUAAAUAACGCAAGCGAAGACUAUUUGGAGUUCUUAUUCACAAAAUGGUACAGAUCACCAGCUCAACGAAGUAUACAAAAUGACCAUGGCGACACAGUGUUCCAUAUUCUUACUAAGAACAGGGAAGUGAGUGUUAGAUUGCAGGAUAAAAUGUAUCAUUUCCUGAAAGGAUGGGGCGUCAAUCCUUGCAUUAAGAAUAACGAAGGAAAACGGGCCUCAGACUGCAUUGACCCACCUUCCGGGCUUAUUGAGUUACUUGAGGAGUAUGCAGAAAGUUAUGACGAUGAGAUUAAUAAUUUAGAGCCGCCACUUGUAACAGAUCAGUUUACGAUAAGUUACAAAUUGAAAUCGCAAGCUGAAUUCAAGAAAUUAGGAAAUAAGAACAUGAAUGCUGGCAAUUACAUGCUUGCAUAUCAAAACUACACAAAAGCCCUGGAGAGUGGGAAGGGACUACCUGACAGUGAUCAUGAGAUAUCUCAUAUUCUUAGUAAUCGUUCAUGUGUUCAAUUGAAGCUGGGACGGUAUCAGGAAGCGUUGAAGGAUGGGAAAAAUUGUUUACGACGUAAUCCUGAAUGGUCGAAGGGAUAUUGGCGAUAUGCCAAAGCGUUAGUAGCUUUGAAUGAACACAAACAAGCUGUAUCGGCUUUUGAUGAUGGAUUCAAUGUUGUGAAGAACACUGAUCCACGGGCUUUAGACACCAGAAUUAGUUUUGUACUUGAACUUGUUAAACUGUUUGAACAUCCAGCAGCAAAAGAACUGAGCCUCUCUAAACUGGAAAAUCCCAAAAUAGAUAAACAAAUUUGGUCUAAAGUGGUGUUAGAUCUUGCAAAGCACUUCAAAUGGCAGGAAGUAUAUCAACUUAUGCUUGGUGGAAGUAAAAACUGUGUUCAGGGUUACGGUGGUUUGGCUACAGGUUGUCACUCAUUAGCUAAUUUAACAAUAAACAAAGACCUAAGCCUCAACACUGAUCUUCAACAAGCACAAGUUGCAAGGUUAAUUAUCGCAUUGGUAAACCAUGGUGCGAACCCUACUUAUGUCAAGUCAUUUAAUGGUGCAACUGCUUUGCAUAUUGGGCUGGAACACAGCAUGAACGAAGGACAUCCCAAACUUAUAGAGAAACUAUUCAAAAAAUGGUUUAAGACAUCAUGUCAACGCAAUGUACAAGAUGACAAUGGCGACACACUGUAUCAUCAAGUAAUAAACAAACGUGACUUAACUGGAAGACUCAGAUACGAUUAUUGGAUGGAAUUAUUGUUUGAUCAUGGCGUGGAUCCCGGCCUCAAGGAUUGUAAAGGAAAACGUGCUCUGGAUCACCUCACUCCCCAUUCACCAUGUUACUCUACCCUAAAGGAGAUUACAGAUAAUUAUAAAGGAAAAAUACUGGACACAGCAGGACAAGCCAUGCGAUAUAUGAAGACUGAAGAAUGGUCUGAGUCAUUACGUUUGUUUGCCAGAUAUAUCGGGGAGAGUUAUAAGGAUCGUUCUAAGAAAGACGUUGUUGCUCAAAGCCAAAUGAACAUAGUCCAAAUCCUACAUAAUGUAAAUGAGAUUUCAUCUAAAGUGGUUUGCAAAGCACCGCCACAGACUUGGAAGGACACCAUUGCCAGAUGUGUCAGUGAUGGCAAAUGGAGACAGCUGUAUCUGCUGAUCAAUGGUGGUGGUAACAGUCAUGUACUCGGAAGUGGUGGUCUGGCGAAAGGAUGUUCUCUCUCGGACGUGUGUGUAACCAAUUUUUUGAGCUCAGGCUAUGCAGAGAUAACUAUCACGAAAUAUGACAUCGUUUGCUUGUUGCUAGAUAAUGGUGCCAAGCCUGAUGGCAUCGGACCAAUGAAAGCAGCUGAAUAUGCAAUCAGGAUAUUAGAAGACGCUAGACUGGUACUUCUUUUACUUCAAUACGAUGCCAUGCCUACAUCUCUGAGUUUGGAUAACGGAGACACUCCUUUGCAUGCAGCAUUAAUGCUGUCAUUGAAGAGGAAAGAUGAUUUCACUGUAUUAAAAUAUCUAUUUCAACUUUACCAAUCUGACCCGCGGAAGUAUCCCUACCUUCACCCAUGCGUCCAGGAUGCAGAGGGCAACACACUUUUUCAUCUUGUCAUUCACGGACCGCCCAACGCCGCUAUCAUGGCCGCUGUCAAACUGCUAGCUGAGAAUAAAGUGGAUCCACAAAUUAGAAAUAAGCAGGGAAGCAUACCACUAAACAGCUUGAAGAAGAAUGAUCGCAGGUUACCAUACUUGAAGGUAGCUGCAUCUCACCAUCCAGUCACUCGUUCCAAAAAGAAGUUGAAAGAAGAUGAGAGAAUCAAAGUCCUUCAAAGUGGAGCAUCUAUAGAUUCUAAAUUUCUAUCAGAAAUUCGAGACGCUAAAAAAGGAGCACAACUCCAAAAACCAUCAGUUCUUGGGAUGGCUCUCCGGGAGGAAAUCAUUAAGCGAAUCACUGUCUUGAUUGAUGAGAUGCCAGAAUUUGUUCCGAAAAGACCUAAAUUGGAUUCUCAAGAUGUGAUACCAUCGAUCAAAACUGAAAUUAAAAUCAAGAGAAAAACACCAACAGUGGUAUUACACGACAUGACUGGUCCUGGUUAUGUGCCUGAACUGAAAGCAGAUAAAGAAACCAAAAUUGUAAAUCAGAUGAUUGUUGAUAAAGAAGAGGAAGCAGAAGAUAAAGAUGAUGCUGAUGAAGAGGGCGAGUUUGAUGCUUCGAUAUUUGAUGACUUGGUUUGGGAAGUAGAAUGUACCUCGGCUGUCUGGAAAAUACUCCGAAACAAACGUCUGGAGCAACACACGAAGGUACACAUAGUAGAUAAGAUACGUCUUCUUGCUAAUGGAAUGUGGAGCUCUGAUCUAUGCAAGAGAAUGGAAGGCAUUUCUAAACAGCAUGAUGUCAAGUUGUUUGAAGCUCGAUUGAACAAAGCAGCCAGGAUCCUCUGGGAACUAGCGAUCGCAUUCUCGCCGAGAUGCAGUGAAGGUCCAGAGAAACGCCUACAGAUGGGGAGUAAUGGUGAUAAAUCGGGAGCUGUCGGUGGUCGCAUCUAUUCGGAGGUCAUCAGAGUGUGGGACAUUGUGUUCGAUCAUGAUAAUGUUCCACGAAGUAUUGAAAACAUUAUCAAAUCUCAUAACAGAGGGCAGACUUGUAUUAUAAAGAAGAAUCUGAAGGGUAUUGAUAGAAAGGAAUUUCAAAAAGGACGUGGAACGACUGAUGAGAGGGUACCAAUGUUCUUUAGAGAAGCCACUGAAGACCAAGAUCUUGUAAUUGAGAGAAAGAAACCACUGCAGCAGGAGGAGAUACCCAAACUAUUUUUUCCACCAGCUAGCUCCAACGAGACCGAAUACCAUAUCAUGAAAUUCUAUUCAUUCACCUCAACCUUAGUGAACAACAUACUGCUAAAUAAAGACACCAAAGUCGACUUUCCAUUCCGUGUUACUGAACUUGAACAUGCAAUUAUUCACCUUGAUCCCAAACCGCCGUCCGCCAUAUUAUUACUUGGCCGCAGUGGAACAGGAAAGACCACCUGUUGUCUGUAUCGAAUGUGGAGCUCAUUUCUGAAUUAUUGGGAGCAUGCAGCCCACACUGGACCCUGGAUACCCAGGGAUGCAGCAUUUGUGCAAGAUCAGAGGAAUGCAACGGGGGAGCAAAUAAAGGCUGAUACGGAUCCAGAGACUAUGGAUGGAGAUUUGGAAAGUUUUAAAUCUUCAUGUUCACCAGGACCACCUAGUCUAAUUAGGCGAGGCGGCAAUAGAGACAACAAUAAAGAUAACACCAUGAUGGACCAUCUGCAUCAAAUAUUCAUCACAAAGAAUGCUGUUCUAUGUAGCGAAGUACAGAAGAACUUUCGAGAUUUAAGUCAUGCCUGUGAUGCAGCCAAGGAACAUGUUGAAGUAGAAGACAAUGAAGUACCACACAGGUUACAAGAUGCACACCCUGCUCAGUUUCCAUUAUUCUUGAAUUCCACCCAGUGGUUACUGAUGCUAGAUGCUUCACUGCCUGAUCCAUAUUUUCCCAGAAACCCUGAUGGAUCAUUGAAACGAGAAAUUACAGGCUGGGGAAAAGAUGGUGCAGCUGCAUUCAUUCCAAUGCUUGAGGAAGAAGAGGACGACGACGAUGACAAAGAAGAAAAUGAUUCAGAUAAUGACGAUGGUUUGGGAGGUGAUAUGGACGAGCAGGAAGCAGAACAGAGAAAUUUUGAUCCUAGAAAAGAAGUCACGUAUGACUUGUUCGCGCAAGAAAUAUGGCCUAAAAUUAACAAAAGCAAACUUGACUAUCAUCCCACUUUGGUGUGGAUGGAAAUCAUUUCAUUCAUUAAAGGAUCUGUUGAAGCACUUCACACUAGACAUGGAUUUCUGUCACUGCAACAGUAUCAAGAACUUGGCAGAAAAAGAGCGCCGAAUUUCACAGCUGACAGACAAGAAAUUUACAAGCUGUUCCAAAAGUAUCUGCAUGUGAAGAGUCAACACAAUCUGUUUGAUGAGUGUGAUCUGGUGUACAGUGUUUCAAGUCGACUCAAGAAAGUUAGAGUUCCUGAUUGGGUCGUGCAUCAGUUUUACAUUGACGAGACACAAGAUUUCACACAGGCCGAAUUGUCUGUGAUUAUUCGAUGCUGUAGUAAUCCAAACGCCCUCUUUUUAACUGGUGAUACUGCCCAAAGCAUCAUGAGAGGUGUGGCUUUUCGAUUUGAUGACUUGAAGACAUUAUUCCACUUUGCCAGUAAAUCUAUGAAAGCGGUUGGUAAAACUGCAAGAGUUACGGUACCAAAGCGAGUCUAUCAACUGACUCACAACUAUAGAUCCCAUGCUGGGAUCUUGAAUCUGGCAACAAGCGUUGUUGAUUUGAUGAUUGAAUUCUUUCCUGAGUCAUUUGAUAGACUACAGAAGGAUCAAGGUUUAUUUGAUGGACCACAGCCAGUGAUAUUGGAAUCUUGCAGCUUUAGCGACCUGGCUCUGUUGUUGAGAGGCAACAAGCGAAGAACGUCUGAGAUAGAAUUUGGUGCCCACCAGGUUUGUAUAACUGUAUUAAUGGUACAUGCAUAUAUUGCAUUAUUUUGGCACCAACCACUAAUAUCACAAGCCCUACGCAACUUGUUGGGAGCCAUUUUGGUAACAGCGUAUCUGGAGAAAUUAAUUGAAGACUUCCAAGACAGUAAAGGAAAAUCAAGCAAGUUAUCACAAAAUCUAGUAGAGUUAGAUCUCAAUGAGCAUGUUAGCAGCACUGCCAAGCCAAGAGCAUUGCAAUUUGAUUGUGAUAAACACAAGGUGUUGAAUUCAGAAUUGAAGUAUUUGUAUACUGCUUUGACCCGAGCCAGAGUCAAUGUGUGGAUAUUUGAUGAAGAUCCUGAAAAGAGAGCACCCAUGUUUGAGUAUUUCAGAAAGAGGAAACUAGUCAAUGUCAUCAGUGUGGCCAAAAAUGAAAAUGGUGAAGGAAGUUUGUCCGAUGCUAUGUUUGCCUCUGUGUCCAGUGUAGAAGAAUGGAACAGCCGCGGUGACUAUUUCUAUAAUAACAAGUUGUGGCAAGUUGCUGCUAAAUGCUAUAAAAAAGGAGGAGAUGCUACCAAAGAAAAGAUGUCUCUUGCACAGUAUCGCGCACUCGAAGCAGGCAGACUGCGUGAAAAUCCACGUAAAAUGAGGGAGGAAUUUCUAAAGUCUGCUGAUCAGUUCAUGCUAUGUGAUCUGCCACACGAAGCAGCUCGAUGUCUGUUCAAUGCAAAAGAAUACAAGUUAUGCCAAUUAUUUGAGAAGUUGGGAAAGGUGACCAAUGCAGCCAUCUUAUAUGAGAAGAGAUUGAAGAUGCCAAGUGCGGCAGCAAGGUGCUACGAACUCUCAGGUUGUUACUGGAAAUCGAUAGAAUUACUGUCAUCCAUCAAUGCCUACGACAAAGCCGCUGAUGUUGUCGAGAGAUACAAUAUCUUCAAGCAGGAUUACCAAGACAGGAAUUUGCCAAUCCCUGCUGAAUUGCAAAGAAACUCUCCUGGAGUUCUCCAUACCAUUGAGAGAUUAUGCUUCAGUUCAGCUGAAUACUAUUAUCAUAGACGUAAGUAUGACCAAAUGCUGGGUGUCCUCAGUCGGCUUCCAGAGGUCGAUGACCAACUGGACUUCCUUAAGGAGAGGAAGCUAGAUGCACAUGCUGCUACCAUUCUUAAGGAGAACGGCCGAAUAUUGGAAGCCGCAAAACUCAUGAGGUCAAGAGGAAAGCUGAAGGAGACGCUUGAAUGCGUGGAUGCCACGGUAGAUCCGCGAUUUAGGGCUGAAGUUCUUGCAUCAUAUGGCCGUGUAAACAUCGAAAGUGAAGAGUCUGUGCAGUAUUUAGACGAAGCAAUCAUGUUGUUCCGUGGACUGAACGAUCUACAUGGUGAGGCAGAAGCAACCUAUACUGUUGCUCAUAUAAAAAAGAAUAAGGCGAUACUGAAAGAGGCGUACCAUUUGUAUUUCAAAGCUAACAACAGCAUAGGCCAGAUUGAGUGUACCAACAAACUACUGAAAUUUGAACCACCCACGACCAGUCGGGAUAUUCGAUCCAACGUUCUUCCCAGACUUGACCAGCUAUUCAAGUUGAUCUCUUAUCUAGACAAUCCAAUUGGACCUGUACAGAAUCAUAAUGCUGACUUGUGCUAUACAUUUUACGGUUUGAAGGACGAGACCAACUACAUGAAAGAGAUACUUGUUCAUGAAGGAGCUCGGUUUCUCAAAAUUUCUGGUGACAUGCGUGGUAGUCUUGAGGUGAGUGCCAGUCAAGCUCGGAAGAAAAUAAUGAUGCAUCUGUUUAAAAUGGGUCUCGAAUGGAUUAAAUCUUCUAAACAGCUAUUACAGAAUGAGCAAACCAAACUGCAGCAGUGUCAGGAUUAUAUAAUGGGAUUCCAAUGUAGAAGUACAAACACAUGUCCACACUUACACGUUCCCUAUUCAAGACACGAUUACCAUUCAUACCUGAAUUCAGUUACCGCUGAAAUCAUGUUGCAUGAUCUGUUGAUGAAAGCUUCACACGGCCGGAAGCAUCAUACUAAAAGCAUGGUUGCUUUUGAUGAUUUAACCAAAGAAUCUGAACGCCUUUGCCUUCUUCUCCAUGAAGCUUUGUUGCCGAAACACUCUCACCUUAAAGUCUGCAGCGACAAUCCGCUGGCUAUGAAUCAAGUGUUGCAAAUAGUGCGUCGACCUGCCGUUGUAAACCAGCUACGUGUUCUAGCAGAGCAUAAAUGGAAAUCAGCGAGUCUUAUAAACCAGCGAUCCAAUACAGAUAUGUAUUUCCUUAUAUGGAUGUUGCAUCUGCUAGCGCUAGAAGAACAUCAUGUCUUCCAGGAAUGGCUCAUCAAUAUGCAGGCCGAGUACGGUGUAGAAGUAAAAGAGAAGAGACUAGCCAAUCCAGAGAGGAUUCCCCUCCAUAUUGGUUUGUGGUCCGAAAAGAGCAAAAAUAAAGUGGAGUUCUUCAGUAUGAUGCAUACUUUCUUUGAGUCUGUUCGUUGCAUGUAUGAAUGGAAUGAUCCAGUCCAAUCUGUUGGCAUAUUCAACCGUUUCUUAGGUCUGCCGGCAAAGAGAGCAGUCGACCCACUCAUCCCAUCUAUCACCAAUGCAGUCAUGUUCCUGGAACUGAAAUAUACUGUAUGUCUCGCUGUCUAUGCAAGGUGUAACAAUAUUUCAGUCAUCGUUCCUGCAAACUACCUGGCGCAAAUCAACUUUUUCGAUGCCUUGUUGGGUACCGGAAGAGGUAAAUAUGGUACAUAUGUCUCUGUUAAUAACUACCAAUUCAAACCGGACAGUAUCAAGCUUUUGAGUGGACAGAUUCGUUUCAUGGUUAAACUAAUGUGCGGUGAACUUUCCAAACACUUCAAUAUUCUUGGCGAUGCGUUUUAUUUGGAAACAGACGAGUACAUAAAGUCUGGAGAAGCUGAGCGUGCGUUGAUUCUAGCACUAGUGAUGUUGGUGAAUAUUGAAUACGUGACCCCAGUCGACUGUGAACUGAUGCUGAGAAAGCAGCUGAUGAACAUAGAACUAAGCUCAAGACUACCUUACAGACUGUCGGAUGCCAUCAAUGCCAUCCAUCGUGCUGAAGGCAUUUCAGAUAUCGUAGUACUUCUGAAGACACUUCUUCGUAGACGAGAAGAUGAGUACUUAUAUAGCUGCACUUGGAGAUGGGAUCCCUGGAUGCAAGGAUUGUACCACGAAAAUCUCUCAGAAAAGAAGACCUUUAGAAGAUUCAAAACCACAAUUGCGACUGAAAUACCACCAGAAAUGGACAGUGCUAAUGUCAUGCGUGAACUUGAAGAUUUCCCUGUAAAGCCAGAUGAAAUAGCUCGUGUUAGACAGGAGCAAGCCUAUCACGAUAGACAACGACGAAUGCAGAUACAAGCGAAGAAUAUAAUAGUACGCUAUUAUAGAGCACACAGAUUACGAUGCAGUUUGAAAGCACUUGUUUGCAACGGCCGUCAUUCUUUAUCCAUUGAAGAUAACAAGUAUGAUGAGGUGAAGUUCGAUGAUGACGAGGGAGAUACAAAGAAUGAAGUGAGCGAAAGAUCUCCAAGUCCAACGACUGUGGCCGCUGAUGGGUCAUCCAGGAAAUCAACAACAUUAACCAGCAUUGGGGAGCAGUUAUUAAUGACAGCAGGAGAUGCAAAACCAACCACACCACUUCCUUCGUCAUCCUCUUCUAAUCCAAUGAAUGGUCCCGGGGGAGAUCUUAAGGAUAGGGACAGUCACACUUAUGAAAAGGACACCUCGCCAACUCACCGAGUACACGUACACAACCUCCAACACAUACAGAAGACGAGUGACUUCAACACUUACAAGAAAAGUUACAUGACAAGAGUUCUACCAGUCAUCACAGACUGUGACGGUUUCUAUCAAGACAUGGAUCAACAAUCUGAUUUGUUUGGGAGUCAAACUCAACUUGCAUUGGAUAUACAGAAAUUGAAAGGCGCUAAAACCAAGCUGGAUGAAAUCGUAAGAGAAGUGCAUCAUCAGCGUUCGUGGGAACGGAUUGGAGACGUAGUUGAACCCGCAGAUGACUUGUGUACAAUCCUGAAUCAAGUAAAGAAACUUAUAAAGGAGAUUAGACAAGAGGAAGACAGUAAAUUCAGUCUGGCCACUGGAGGUGCUGGCCUUGUUGCUGCUGAUGGGGGUGGGAUUGAUGAAGAGGACGUUGUCUUGGCAACAGCAGGCGAAGAUGAACAAGACCUGCCUGGUCAUUUAUUAAAAGUCAGUGAACAGUUUAAGAAGAAGCAACCUAAACAAAAAGGCGGCAGAGCGAAAGGCAAACGCAGAAAGAAAUAA